AUGGAUCUGUAUGGUGCUGUGCUUCUUUCCUUAGGCUGGCUGAUGCUACAGUCGGCUGAUGGGAAACUGGAUUACAUCUCUCAGGGACAGGGGAUGCAGCUCCAAGGCGACUUCUUAAUCGCUGGACUCUUUCCUCUCCAUUACGCAGAUGAACCAAGUGCUGCUUUCCCUUCUUUGCGUCCGUGCAAUGUAGGUACUCCCAACAAACACGGAUUUCACCUUUUGCAAGCCAUGAGAUUUGCUGUGGAACAAAUCAACAACGGCACCGGACCGCAGCCUCUUUUACCAGGGGUGAAGCUGGGCUACCAGAUGUACGACACCUGCUCAGUAGCUGCCGGUAUCCUGGCCACACUGGACCUGCUGGAGCAGCAGGCUCAGAGCCCAUCUACAUCUGAGACAGGGGGAGACACAAACUACAACAGGGAAAAGGCCGUGGCUGUGAUUGGGCCAGACAGCAGCAGCAAAACUUUCACCCCCGCUGCUUUACUGGGGGCCUAUCUUGUACCACAAAUCUCUUAUGAAGCAUCGAAUGAAAUGCUGAGCAACAAGCACCUCUAUCCAGCCUUUUUCCGCACAAUUCCAAGUGACAAGAACCAGGUGACAGCUAUGAUCCAUCUUCUGAAACGUUUCAACUGGACCUGGGUCGCUCUCUUAGGCAGUGACAACGCCUAUGGCCUGGCGGGCAUGCAAAGCCUGUCCGAGCGAGCACCACACCACGGCAUCUGCAUCGCCUACCAAGGAGUCAUCCCCGCGUACGGAGAUGACACAAUCCAGACCAUGAGGAACAUAGUGGAAAGCAUACAGAAGACCAAAGUCAACACCAUCGUGGUCUUCUCCAGCAAGUCGAAAGUCAAGGACUUCUUCCCGUUUGUCAUUGAGCAGAACGUGACAGGUAAGGUGUGGAUUGGAACAGAGGACUGGUCAGUGUCUAGUCUCAUUUCAGGGAUACCUGGGAUCCACACCAUCGGCACUGUGCUCGGCGUCUCCAUCAAAUAUACAACCUUAUCUGGUUUUGAGGAGUUUGAGAGAAAGGUAGUUGAGGCUUCAAUGGAACACACUGACACCCAGGAAGUCUCUAAUGUUACCAUGAGCCCAGGCAAUGACUGUCUGAGCGCAGACCUGUACAGCCUCGCCAGGAAGAAGUUUUCUCUGGAGACAUAUGACAUCACCUCCUCCUUCAAUGUGUAUAAGGGAGUGUAUGCUGUGACUCAUGCUCUGCACCGAGCACUUGGUUGUGAUUCUGGAGAGUGCCAAAGGAAGACGGUGUAUCCGUGGGAGCUGCUCUGGUGGCUUAAGGAGGUGAAAUUCUCUCUGGAGAACACUUCUGUGUACUUUGACAUAAAUGGUGACCCGCCAACAGGAUAUGACAUCAUUUUCUGGGUUUGGAGGGGAACUGACUGGUCAAUCAGAGAGGUGGGCUCCUUCAGCCCAGAUCCCAUUACGCUCACAGUUAACGCUGAUCAAAUUGAGUGGCACAACGCGGGAGACUCGAGAACAGUACCGCUGUCCAUCUGCUCUCCACCUUGCCCGAGAGGCCACAAGAAGCUGCUGACAGGGCAACACGCAUGCUGCUUCGACUGCCAGACCUGCCCCUCUGCUACUUUUCUCAAUAUAAGUGAAUCCACUACAUGCGAGCCGUGUCUGCCGGAGGAGUGGGCUCCCCCUGGCAGCGAGCAGUGUCUGAAAAGGACUGUCCUGCUGCUCGCCUGGGACGCCCCCCUCUCCAUCGCCCUGCUCUUCUUUCUGGCCACCUGUCUUCUCAUGACCUCCACCUCCGCAAUAAUCCUCCUGCUCAACCUGGACACGCCUGUGGCCAAGUCUGCCGGAGGCCGCACCUGCCUCCUGAUGCUGGCAGCCCUGACUGCUGCUGCAAUGAGCUCUUUGUGCCAUUUUGGCCAGCCGUCUCCUCUGGCCUGUAUCCUCAAGCAACUUCUAUUCAUCUUCAGCUUCACUGUGUGUCUGGCCUGCAUCACUGUCCGCUCCCUCCAGGUCAUCUGCAUUUUUAAAUUUGCAUCCAAACUGCCGCCAGCCUAUGACAAGUGGGCCAAAAACCACGGAGCAGAGUUUACCAUUUUCCUAGUGUCCGCCACCGCCUUGUUCAUUUCUGUAAUCCGUGUGGCCGUCAACACUCCCCAGCCCUCUCAGGAUCUUGAAUUUUACAAGGACAGCAUUGUGUUUGAGUGCAGUAACACCCUCUCACUUGUUGCAGGCCUUGAGCUCGUCUACGUAUCGCUGCUCAGUGUCCUCUGCUUCUCCUUCAGCUACAUGGGCAAAGACCUGCCAGCCAACUACAACGAGGCCAAGUGUGUGACCUUUAGCCUUAUGCUGUACAUGAUCUCCUGGAUGAGCUUCUUCACUUUCUACCUCAUCAGCAGAGGCCCGUUCACUAUGGCCGCGCACGUGUUCGCCAUACUCCUCAGUGUCGUGGCCUUCCUCGGGGGCUACUUCCUGCCCAAAAUUUAUAUUAUUGCCCUGAGGCCGCAAAUGAACACUACUGCCCAUUUCCAGAACUGUAUUCAAAUGUAUACCAUGAACAAACAAUGA